CGCGUUGGCCCUUUCCCUUCCCGGCUUCCGUAGAAGGCCAGAAGCAAGCUAGCUUUUUUUUUUGGCGCCUGUGCUAUUUGGGAUAAAGAAGCUGACCGCGUGUUCAUCACCAGCCGUCGUCCAAGCUGAGGCGAGUUGUUUCAAUUGAGCCGAAAAGAGCACAGCAUGGGGAAGAAGCAGAAUACCAAGGGUAGGAAGGAUUCACAGGAGGGGGGGCAGGGCACACAAGAGGAACCUGAGGAAUUUGUGGUGGAAAAAGUUCUGGACCAGCGUAUUGUGAAUGGGAAGGUGGAGUUCUUCCUCAAGUGGAAAGGAUUUACAGAAGCUGACAACACCUGGGAGCCGGAGGAGAACUUGGACUGUCCGGAGCUCAUCAACGCUUUUCUUGAAGCCCAGAAGAACAUUAAGGAGAAACCGGCUUCUCUGAAACGAAAGGCACCCUCGGACGAUUCUGAAAUGGAUGCAAAGAAGAAAGAUACGCCCGAGAAACCCAGAGGGUUUGCGAGAAAUCUCGAUCCAGAAAGGAUCAUCGGAGCAACUGACAGCAGCGGGGAGUUGAUGUUCUUGAUGAAAUGGAAAGACUCUGACGAAGCGGACCUGGUCCCGGCCCGAGAGGCCAACACCAAGUGCCCUCAAGUGGUCAUUGCUUUCUAUGAGGAGAGGCUAACAUGGCACUCGUGUCCGGAGGAUGAAGCUCAGUAGUUGUCGGCGUCUGGGCCCGGCGCCUCCUCAAGCCACCCAUACCCUUUUUUUCCUCAGGACUGACUCUCCUCCGUUGGCCUGGCCUUCUAGUUUUAGCUGUUGUGGGGGGGGGGGGGGGUGAUGGUUUUUUUUUUGUUUUGUUUUUGUUUUUGUUUUUUUUUUGGUUCAGUCUUGAAAAUGUACCACUCGCAUAGCCCAGCUGCGUAGGAGAGCUAAAAAUGUUCCAUAUGAUAUGUUAUGAAAGAGUCAUUUUAAUAAUAGUUUGUGGAACCUGAAUCACACACUGCCUGCACAGCCCCAUCCCAGAAUCGUGUAUUGUUACACGCGUAAUAUGCCAUUUAACCAAAAUUGUUCUCACAAUUUCAAUGGAAGGCAGAGUUUCAUAUGAAUUUUUUUUUUUUCCCCCUUUGCUCCUGUUUUUUUUUUCCCAUCCUAGUGUUUUGGGGUUUGUUUUUUUUCUUUUGUGUGUAAAUAUUGCCUUCAUUGAAAUAAAGUUUUUUGACCAAAUUCCAACUCAAA